GGGCUGGGCUCUCCUCAUUCUGUCUGGGGAAAACAGAGAGCAGGAUGUGGCCCCUUCGUUAUCCCUCGCGGCUGAAGUUUUCAGGCCCCUAGUCCUGUUCUUUCCUAGGACAACUUACGUUUUCUGCUAGGAGCCAAAUGUGAAGACUGGCCUACAAAAUCUGGAUCCAAGGAAGUUUGCCAGGGCUCUGCCGGGAGGGCCAGUGCCUUGCUAAAUGACAGAGGAUAAAAAGUUUUAAAAUUCUACAUGAAGUGUACUAUGUUCUACCAUUCAUUCCCCAAACUACCAGAAACAUUCCUCCUAGAAAAAGUGGAGUUGCUAGUGAGAAGCCGGAGGUGAGAAGACAUCUAGGAGGACAGACUACUCCUCCAUCUUCUGAAUUUCUUAUGUGGGGCUAGUCUUAGAGCCCAGCAAGGCUUUGGGACACCCCGAAGAUGAAUGCCAACAGCAGCACAGUGGGCCAGCAUCCCUGGCAGGGGCCAGUGUGCAUUGGCUGGAAACAGGAUCUGGAAGGGGCUGUCUACCACCUGGCUAACUGCUUCUUGUUUCUGGGUUUCAUGGGGGGGAGUGGGGUAUAUGGAUGCUUCUAUUUCUUUGGCUUCCUGAGCACUGGCUACAUAUGCUGUGUGCUGUGGGGCUGGUUCGAUGCCUGCGGCCUGGACAUUGUCAUCUGGAACUUCCUGCUGGCAAUGGCCUGCCUGCUCCAGCUGGCAUACCUGGUCUACCGCCUGCGCAAGGACACCCUCCCUGAGGAGUUUGAUCUUCUUUACAAGACGCUCUGCCUGCCCCUGCAGGUGCCCCUGCAGACGUACAAGGAGAUUGUUCACUGUUGUGAGGAGCAGGUCUUGACUCUGGUCACUGAGCAGACCUAUGCUGUGGAGGGCGAAACGCCCAUCAACCGCCUGUCCCUGCUACUCUCUGGCCGGGUUCGUGUGAGCCAGGAUGGGCAGUUUCUGCACUACAUCUUUCCUUACCAGUUCAUGGACUCUCCUGAGUGGGAAUCACUGCAGCCCUCUGAGGAGGGGGUGUUCCAGGUCACUCUGACUGCUGAAACUGCAUGCAGCUACAUUUCCUGGCCCCGGAAAAGUCUCCACCUUCUUCUAGCCAAAGAGCGAUACAUUUCCCGCCUCUUCUCGACACUGCUUGGCUAUGACAUCUCAGAAAAGCUCUACGCUCUCAACGAGAAGCUCUUUGCUAAGUUUGGGCUGUGCUUCGACAUCCGUCUCCCCAGCCUCUACCACGUCCUUGGUUCUGCUGCUUCAGAUGCAGGGCCGGAAUCCCAAAAAGAGGAUGAGGAAGUCCAUGAGCCAGCUGCAUCCCCUCCUCGGGCCACGCCCACAUCUGUCCAGCAAAUACCCACUUGCUCUCCUCUUCCAGCUGCCACCAACCCUCAUGCACAGCCUUCCUGGGCCAGGAUGUCUCGGCCUGACAGCGGUGUCCUGGGUGAGGACUCCACCAGUCUGGUGCUGGAGGAUUUUGAGGAGAUGUCAGGAUCAGAAUCGGUCAUGGAUUAUAAGAGUGAUGGGGAGUACAUGAGGUGAGGGGAGAACUAACAUGGGCACAGCCACCGGCUCAGGAUCCUGUCUUCUAGAAUUCCUCACCAGAGCUAUUCUCAAGUUAUGUCCACAGGACAGGCCCCCUUGGCUCCAAUCCACACUCCUGAACUUUAAGGAUCCGUGAACCAUCUUUUCCUCGGGUCACAUUCAAUUUCACAAGAAGGUCCUUGUAUGCACACCCCUCUUCCCCACUCCAGAAGGUUCGCCGGCAGGUCAGAGCAGACACAGAAGGUGCCAGCACUGCAGUUCCCCCAGGGCCCUGAGUGACAGAAAUUCAUCUCCACCAGCUUUCCUUCCAGGUGAAGGCAUCUAAGAGGGCAAAAAGCACAGGUUCCAUCCUUUACUACUUGGCCAACUUACAUAGUCUCUUGAGCCUCAUCUUUAAAGUGGGGAUUACAAAACCUACCUCCCAGGGUUGUUGUGAGGAUUACAUGAGUUGAUUUAGGUAAAACACCUAGCACAUGGUAUGGCACCUAGUAAGCACUCAAUAAAUCAUUCAUUGCUUUC